AUUUCUUAUCGCCUACGGAUAAUUGGUUGUUGCGCCAGGAAUUAAAUCAGCGCAAACAAAAGAAAGGCGAGUCGCUUUCUGAGUACGCAGCUUUUAUUCGGCAGCGCUGUUUAAGAUUAGCUAUACCCGAUGCGGAAGCCAUGCAUUACUUUAUUCAAGGUCUUGAGCCAUCCCUCCGAGCAUAUGUAAUCCUACAACAACCAACAUCUCUCGACGCCGCUGAACAGGUCGCCAAAAUUAAGAAUUGCGUUAAAGAAUCUGAAGUCACAGCACUGAGUAUCAGCGAUGUAAUGGCCUUGCAACGCAAUUUUAUAACCGAAUUGCAAAAAGACGGUUUCCUCCAAAAUCCGAAUGCUCAAACACCACAACAAGACAGACGCUCACAAAACGGACCUCCGCCAAGAAGAGGAAAUUUCGGACCAGUCCCUGAAAGACCACAGUACGACUCCUCAAACCAACUUAGACGCAUUAUACGUGAAGAAUUACGUGCCCAACGGGACUCCCAGCCUUUACGCUUUAAUGCAAAAGGGAACUUUGGACGAGCUACAAGAACCACGCAUGGAGAUCCUAUCUGUUCCUACUGUUCUAAAGUUGGCCACGCAUACCGCUCCUGUAGAGCCCGUAUGAGAGAUGCCCAGCAGACAACAAGACCAGACCUUCAGCAAAAUUAUCGUGCCUUUAGCCAACAGAGAAACUACUAUCCAUCCAAUCAAACUCAAAGCCCAUCCUACACCCAGCAUCAACAGUCCGGACCAUCAUACGCUGCCAAUCCACCCUCUAGACCUUUCUAUACGCAGUCUACACCACCUCACACAAGCUAUCAGCGAAACCCACCCUCUCGUCAGCCCAAUCCUUUAAACUAAGUACUGUCUCGCGAACACGGGAAUUC